AUGUCCAAAGCCUCUCAACCCGAGCUCAAAAAGUUCAUGGACAAGAAGCUCUUUGUUCAUCUCCAAGGUGGUCGUAAAGUCAGCGGGACGCUGCGCGGAUACGACUUGUUCUUGAACCUCGUUAUCGAUGAUGCGCUGGAGGAGACCAACCCCGCACAAAAGCACCCAAUUGGUACCGUUGUCAUUCGCGGCAACAGCGUGACUUCCAUGGAGACUCUGGAAGCAAUCCGGUGACCCGACCCUCGGUAUGUAGGGCCUCGGACAUGUUUUGUAUCAUAUCUGUAUUGCUACCCUCUCCUCCUUGUGCCCAUUCAUCCAUGGAAUACCAACCGUCGCG